CCCCUCUCUCCGGCCUCAUUUGCUCUCGCCGGCUCCAGGCCGCGAGAGAGCGGCUAGAGAGGCUGGAGGGCGGCCGAGGGCGGGGUUGCUUCUUGCGCGCCCCUAGUGGUAGGAGGAUUCGGUUUCUCAGACUUCUGGCGCUGGGGUCACCAUCCCCAAGGAGGGAUCCGAAAGGAGGUGGAACGGAGACCAGAGGAGCGAAUGCGACGUGCUGGGAAAAUGCCCCCCCCAUCCGGCCCCCGCCUUUGGUUCUAGAGGUUCUAGAAUCCCUAAUAUCCUGGCAACGGGGCUGCAGAACGUCCACAGACAGCAAGGGGGAUGGCAUCCACACCUACCAGGAAUGGGGAGAAGGGCAGCAGGAUGUCCCAAGCUGGAACCCCCUCGGGUGGAAGUCUGAAGGUUUCAUUAUCCCGAUCUGAGGAAUUCCUGACCCGGAUCAGCACAGAACUCACCAAUGAGGCCUUGUUUAUCGCUGGCUGCCACAUGAACUCUGUGCCCACCAAGGAAAAACAGACCCAAGAUCGAGGGACUCAGAUAUCCAAACACGUGUCCUUCAAGACCCGAGGCACCGAUACCUGUUCUGACAGAAACCGUACCUGCACCAGGGCCCACCUCCUGCCGUCCCCUCGUGACAAGGGAGCUGGGCUUAGCAGCUUGACAUCUGGAGGAUGACCGCAACCUUCUGCAGUGCUGCUCUUGGCCUCUCACGCUCCCCCCAUUGUGUCCUCCUAGAACAUGCGUCAGACCUCCUCAUUCACAAGUCACUAACGCUUCGGUCUGCUGGGGACUCCUGGUCAUAAGCAGCAGCACACUUGAAGCCUCCCAGGUGUUCUGGAACCAUCUCACACCUUUCCACGCUCAGCUGGCAAGGACAUCACCAGAAAUCAAAGGCUUUAAUAAAAAGACCAAGAGAGGUCCUUCCCUCCUCCCAACCCA